ACCAAUUUUUUUGGGGUUGUAAGGCUAAAUUUAAAUAUCUUUAUCAAACUAACGAUAUCUAUCAUCAACAGUCAUUCAUAACAUUCAAAACAACUUUCAAUAAUGGGUGCAGCAUUGUCGAUACCUUUGAUGCCUAUUACGGCAAUGACAUCAUCAUUAGCAUCUUGUUUUGGUGCUGCAGCAUGUUCUGCCAUAUGUUCAUCAAUUGGGGGAACUUUUAAGUCAUCAAUUAUGACAAGAAUAACAUAUGCAAUCAUUCUUUUGAUUAAUUCAUUAUUAUCAUGGAUUGCUCUAUCGCCAUUCAUAGUUCAUAAAUUAGAAAAAGCAACUUUUGGUUUCAUUAAUAAUAAGUGUGGUCCAGAUGGAAGUGAAUGUAUAAGUUUUACAUCAGUUUACCGUAUCAAUUUUGCCCUUGGAACUUUACAUUUGAUAUUGGCGGGAUUAUUAUUGAAUGUCACAUCUACUGCUAAUCCAAGAGCAGUUAUUCAAAAUGGAUAUUGGAAGAUUAAAACCUUUUCAUGGUUAGCAUUAAUAGUUGUUAACUUUUUAUUAAUCCCUGAUAGUUUCUUUAUAUUCUAUGGUAAUAAUAUAGCCAUAAUUUUUUCCACAAUUUUCCUUGGAAUUGGUCUUAUAUUAUUAGUGGAUUUUGCUCAUGCUUGGGCUGAGAAAUGUUUAGAAAAGAUUGAGAUGGAAGAACUUACUGGAGAAGGAGACGCUGGGUUUUGGAAGAAAUUACUUGUUGGUGGCACAUUAACCAUGUAUGUUGCUAGUAUUAUUCUAACUGCGUUGAUGUAUUGGUUUUUCGCUGGCGAAACUUGUAAUAUGAAUAAGACAGCUAUUACAUUGAAUAUGAUAUUCUCCUUAAUAAUUUCCGUCAUGUCAGUUAAUCAAACUAUUCAAGAAUAUAAUCCUCAUGCUGGAUUGGCCCAAGCUUCUAUGGUUGUAUUUUAUUGUUCAUAUUUAGUCAUGAGUGCUGUUGCAUCUGAACCUGAUGAUAAACUUUGUAAUCCAUUGGUUAGAUCAAAGGGUACUAGAACUGCUAGUGUUGUUUUAGGGGCAUUUUUUACAUUUAUUGCCGUUGCAUAUACUACUACUAGAGCAGCUGCAAAUUCAGCCUUUAGUUCUGAAACUUCAGAUCCAUAUAUUAGUGCACAACCGGCCGCUAGAAAUGAAAUGAGAUAUCAAGCCAUUAAACAAGCUGUUGAUGAAGGUCUGUUACCAGAAAGUGCUCUUACUCAAGCUGAUUUAUAUGAAGAUGAUGCUGAAAAUCAAGGAGAUGAAGAAAGACUGAAAGUUAAAUAUAAUUAUGCUCUAUUCCAUGUUAUUUUUUUCUUAGCCACACAAUAUGUUGCUACAUUAUUAACUAUUAAUGUUAAACAAGAAGAUUCAGGAGAUUUUAUUCCGGUUGGAAGAACUUAUUUCUCAAGUUGGGUAAAGAUUAUUAGUUCAUGGGUAUGUUUUAUAUUAUACGGAUGGAGUUUAGUAGCUCCCGUUGUAAUGCCUGAUCGUUUUGGAGUACAAUUAUAGUUAAAUACUUUUAAUAAAUAUAAAAUUUAAUGUGUAACAUAUUGUUAACUAGUAACUAGUUACUACUACCUAAUUAGGAAGUCUAGGGUUCGCAGUGAUAUAAUUGGCCAAAGGUGCACAC